AUGGCGACUGAGGAGCGUGAAGGAAGCGCUGCGGGUAAGUACGGGAGUUUAGAGAGUAAAUCUGCAGUAGCAGAAAUCCAAAAGAAGAUCACCGAAGCCUUUGAAGUGUUUGACCACGAGUGUAAUAAAACUGUGGAUGUCAGAGAGAUUGGCACUAUCAUUAGGUCAUUAGGCUGUUGUCCCAAUGAGGCGGAUCUCCAUGAUAUGCUUGCAGAGGUAGAAGAAGAAGAACCAACUGGAUUUAUUCGUUUGGAAAAAUUUCUUCCUAUGAUGACUAGAGUAUUAAUGGAAAGAAGAUACCGUCCAAUUCCAGAAGAUGUUCUUUUACGUGCUUUUGAGGUUUUGGAUCAGAAUAAAUCUGGACAUCUAGCUAAAGAUGAUUUGGUAAAGUAUAUGACUGAAGAAGGUGAGCCUUUUACACAGGAAGAAAUGGAAGAAAUGCUUUCAGCAGCAGUAGAUCCAGAAACAAAUACUGUUCGCUACAAGGAUUAUAUUUCAAUGAUGGUUGUGGAUGAAAACUAAGGAUGUUGUUUAAUUUGUGGGUCUGAAUUUAUUGUUUUUACAUUAACUUCAUUGUAGUUACUGUAUUUGCUUUUGGGCACAAGCAUAAUAAUAAUAAUUACACUGAAAUUUAUGAAAAUACUAUAUUGUUUAUUUUGUGAAAGACCAACAUUCCUAAAUAUCUUAAAGUGUCAAUCUGAUUAUAUAACUGAAAAUAGUAGAAUUCAAAAUUUGCAAAUAAAAUACUAAUUGGGCAAUCUUCAUGACAAUUCACAGGAAAGUUGCAUUGAAUUUAAUAGGAUUAUUAGAAAAAUGUACAAGAAAAAUGUGCAAGAUUGCAAUCUAAGGCUGAAAUAAUGGGUUUACUGAAGAAUAGGCUCUGUUGAAUAUGCUUACUGAAAAAUAAGCAUAACUUAUUUUCAAGAAAGAAAGCAUAGGAUUAUAAUGUACACUGCAUAAAAUAAUGUAAUUAUAGUACUGAACAGGAAAACAGUUUAAAUUAAUGAAAUAACUCAAACAAAAAUAAGAAAUAAUAGAAGUUCCAAAUGUAGUAAAAACAAAGAAAUGUUACAGUUGUGCUGAAUUUAGAACAAACCUCUCAAAACAUUAAAUGUUGAUGUUCAGGCUUCAUUCAAGAAUGGUUAAUAAGCAAACUCAAAACUUUUUUCAUGUUAAAACUUGAUAUC